GUGGCUGGUUUGGGGUAACAGAGGAAGCAGCUCCUUCACUGUGAUAAGCAGGCAGUGCAAUAGAGAGAAAGAGACACAUGCUGUGUCAUAAGGAUACGUCUGAUUUCCAGAAAUAACCAUGUUUUUGUGGCUUAAAGUCUUAGCAUUUGGCUUUAUCUUUCUGGACCAGGAUGCUUUUGUCAAAGCCGGAGAUCACAAUCUGACAACUGCCACCUCUCCUCCCACUGUGUCACCUCCACCUGCACGCUCCACUUCACUCUCACCUGCAGGCACCACCAAAGCCGGAGAUCACAAUCUGACAACUGCCACCUCUCCUCCCACUGUGUCACCUCCACCUGCACGCUCCACUUCACUCUCACCUGCAGGCACCACCAAAGGAGAUCAGCCAGCAUCAACUACAAACGAUGAUUACACUCCAACAUCCUUGCACAGCACCACCUCCCACCCAACCAGCACGCCAGCAAACACUGGGAUCAUCCCCAAUCACACCAUAGAAACUACCACAGUGGCAGCUAAAGAACCUUGUGUUCCUACUGAUCCUGUAAUAAAAGAUGAGACAAAUGAGAAUAACUAUGUUGAAGUCACGCUGAACAAACUCAAACCAAGUGAAAAAUAUACUGUUUUGGGGGCUGAUAAUCAUACAUUAAUAAAUCACAGCAGCUACAGCAUAAAGCUUCAGAGAUGCCAGGUAUAUACAGUAACAAGUGAAAGGUGUCUAACAAAGAAACUUAUUAUCCCACCUGACAGCAGCAAGUAUUCUUUCAAUAUUCGGGAUAUAAAAGACACAUCUGCAGUGUUUUGCUGGAGCGACUCAUCUGGCUGUCCCGUGCACUACUCUUUUUCCUGUGAACCUGACUUUCUGACACACCAGUUAAAUGACUCAAGUCCUACUUGUGGAAGUCUGGAAAAUUUGUUGCCCAACCGUAACUACACAUGCAGACGUAUAGCACUAUUUUCUAAUAAGACUUUCUUAUAUGAAAACUUCACCAUAGAAACAGAUUUUAGUCCUCCAGAAAAACCAGAAAAUCUUCAAGUCUAUAGUUAUGCCAGAAAUGUAUCCGUUACCUGGAACAUAUCUAGUAGCACAGCAAAUGGUAGUGUCAAUAUAGCUGGCUAUAUUGUGUGCUGCAAUACCAGUGACAGCUGUGAAACAAAAGAGUCCAGCGUGACUGCAUUUACCUGUGAGAGAUUACAUCCUUAUGCUGAAGGUUUUGUAUCAGUCACUGCCUUUACAAAGAGCAAAAAUGGUUCUAAACAACUUAAAGGAGAUAAGGCAGAAAAAAUAUUUAAGACAGAUUCAGCAAAACCACAGCAAGUGACUGACCUUCGCGUAACAUUGACAGCUGAUAAUGCAGUCCAAAUUAAGUGCAGAAAUCAAGAAGUGUAUGGUGAAAAAAAAAUAUUUGUAUUGAUUUGGGAUAAUGAACAAAAAAAUAAUUCCAAGGAGUGUUUUUUUGUGGAAGAAAAUCUCUCUUAUUUGACAAACUAUUCUUUCAAGAUCCUUGUGCAUAAUGGAAAAUUUGAAGGAGAAACUAUACGUAGCCAUGUAAAAACCAGAUACAAUUCUAGGGCCCUGAUUAUAUUCUUGGCAUUUUUGAUCAUUGUGACCUCAAUUGCUUUACUUCUGGUUCUGUAUAAAAUCUAUGAUCUUCACAAAAAAAAACUCAGCAAUUCUUCUGAAGAUAUGAGCCUUGUUAGAGUUAAAGAUGAUGAAAGACAGCUUCUGAACAUAGAGCCAAUACCUUCAGAACAGUUGCUGGAGACAUACAAGAGGAAGAUUGCGGAUGAAGGAAGACUUUUCUUGGAUGAAUUUCAGAGUAUUCCUAGAAUUUUCACUAAGUUUUCAAUAAAGGAUGCCAAAAAAAGCCAUAAUCAGAACAAAAAUCGUUACAUUGAUAUUCUCCCAUAUGAUUAUAAUCGUGUUGAACUCUCAGAGAUACCAGGAGACCCAGGAUCAGACUAUAUCAACGCAAGUUAUAUUGAUGGUUUCAAAGAACCAAGAAAAUACAUUGCUGCACAAGGCCCCAAAGAUGAAACCACAGACGAUUUCUGGAGAAUGAUCUGGGAACAGAAGGCAACAAUUAUUGUCAUGGUGACUCGCUGUGAAGAAGGAAACAGGAACAAAUGUGCCCAGUACUGGCCGUCAAUGGAGAAUGGCUCUGCAACGUAUGGGGACAUUAUUGUGAAGAUCAAUGAAAGCAAAGUGUGUCCAGACUAUAUCAUUCAGAAACUGCAUAUUACAAAUGCAAGGGAAAGGACAGCUGGAAGAGACGUCACUCACAUUCAGUUCACAAGCUGGCCAGACCAUGGAGUCCCUGAGGAUUCGCAUCUUCUUCUCAAACUUCGGCGCAGAGUUAAUGCUCUCAGCAACUUUUUUAGUGGCCCAAUAGUGGUUCAUUGCAGUGCUGGUGUUGGGCGCACUGGGACAUACAUUGGAAUUGACGCAAUGCUGGAGGGGCUUGAUGCCGAAGGCAGAGUGGAUGUUUAUGGCUAUGUUGUGAAGCUGCGUCGGCAGCGAUGCCUCAUGGUUCAAGUAGAGUCACAGUACAUCCUCAUCCAUCAAGCACUAGUGGAAUACAAUCAGUAUGGAGAAACCGAAGUCAGUCUCUCAGAACUGCAUUCCUACCUUACAAAUCUGAAAAGGAGAGACUCUCCAAGUGAUCCUUCUCUGCUGGAGGCAGAAUUUCAGAGAUUGCCCUCUUAUAAGGGAUGGCGGACACAGAACAUGGGGAAUCGAGAGGAGAACAAAAGCAAAAACAGGAAUGCCAAUGCAAUUCCAUAUGACUUUAACCGAGUGCCAAUCAAACAUGAAGAGGAGCAAAGUAAGGAGAGUGAACAUGACUCGGAUGAUUCCUCAGAUGGGGACAGCGAUUGUGAGGAAUCAAGCAGAUACAUCAAUGCUUCCUUCAUAACUGGCUAUUGGGGCCCAAAAGCCAUGAUUGCAACUCAGGGACCGCUGCAGGAAACGAUCGCUGACUUCUGGCAAAUGGUCGUCCAAAGAAAAGUCAAAGUCAUUGUUAUGCUGACAGAGCUGCAAGAAGGAGAUCAGGAACUCUGUGCACAGUACUGGGGAGAAGGAAAACAAACGUAUGAUGGCAUAGAAGUACAAAUGACAGAUGUUAACUGUUGCCCGUGCUAUACCAUACGUUCAUUUGACGUUACGCAUCUGAAGAGGAAAGAAACACAGAAGGUGUAUCAGUAUCAGUACCACAAGUGGAGUGGCUUGGAUGUUCCUGAAAAUCCCGAAGACUUAGUCAACAUGAUUCUAAACCUUAAACAAAAAGUUCCAACUAGGCCAGGCCCUGAGGACAGCAGAGGCAACCGCAGUGUCCCCAUUGUCGUCCACUGUCGUGAUGGAUCCCAGCAAACUGGUGUAUUUUGUGCUUUAAUGACCCUCUUGGAAAGUGCAGAAGUAGAAGAAGUAAUAGAUGUUUUCCAAGUAGUAAAAGCUCUUCGUCGCACCAGGCUGGGAGUGGUCUCCACCUUUGAACAUUAUCAAUUUCUAUAUGAUGUCAUUGCCAGCACCUACCCUGCACAAAAUGGACAAAUAAAGAAGAACAGUCAGCAGGAAAAUAAAGCUGAAUUUGGCAAUGAAGUAGAAGAAACCGACCAGGAAGCUGAUCUGAUCACGAUUGAUCUUAGCCCUUCAAUGCCACAGAGAAAUGAAGCUUCUGAAGCAUGUGAAGAUUCUAAAGCUUCAGAUAGCACUAAGGAAACAGAAAGCUCUACAAAUGGUCCCACAGUUCUAAUUUUAACUUAGAGGCUAUUUCAAAAAUAUGCAUGUGUUGAUUUUCAUGUGCAAACAUCUUAAGUAAAAUAGGAAGUAUAUGAUUUCUUCCUUUU